ACGCGCGUUCGUUCUGGAUCGCCAACUAAUCACCAGUCUCCUCUCGUUCAAUUCCAAGAUGGCACCUUCCAUCUCUACCUGCUUUUCGAAGUGAAGACCAGAUCACAGAGAUGAAAGUAUUCUUCCCAAGUCAUUGCCUGAGUGCAAAGAGUGGCUUCAUCUUUGGAUGGAAGAAGGAGCAAAAAAACAUCUUUGUUGCUGCAACAGUCAUUUAUCUUCCCGAUAAUUCGGUUAAAUUGCAAGUCUUUUGUGAAAAAGCUGAGCAGCUGUCUUUGUCUAUUCUCGGAGUCUGGCUAAACGAAAGUCAUGAAAAGUCUGUUCGUGAAGUGUUGGCAGCAGUGGAGACCACGUGUAGAUUAUUUACUAACGAACUGAUUAUAAUACGCCUGGCAAGAAACGCCACUAUCCCUCAGCUGUAUAUUGGGUCGGAAAAAUUAAGAUCUGGGCUGAAUGGAUCUGUGGUGAUUUUGUACAAACAGCCGUCAGGAAAUGCUUUCUUGACCACUGGCCCUUCAAACGUCAGCAAUGUUAAGUUCUUAAGACAAUCAUUGUACCAAGGACUAACAUCUUGUACAGAAUUGUCUGAAGUGCUGAUUCUGCUAAAUAAAUCUCGUCAUGCUGAGGCGGGUAUCCGGAAAAUACUUGAAACAAAAACUCCUGAUGGACUGUUGCAUAGUCGAGGAAAUUUCGUCUACAAAUUGGUGGUGAAGGCUUUUAGUAACGUUUGUGGUGUAAUGUCUCAAAGAAGACGGCAACAUCACCCAAUCUUGAUAGAGAUAGUCAAAUUCUUGUCAAGUGUAUCUGCUGUUUUCCUUCAGAUUUGUAUGCGUUUCAGGCAAGUAAAGGCUUUGUGUAUUUGUCUUGAUCAGCCAGGAAGCACAAAGGAUAAACAAGAUGACAAUUCAGAACAGUCGGGAAAAUCACCAUCGUCAUCAUCUGACAAGCAAAAUCAAAGUUUAGAGAAUGAUAAUAAAGAUCGUGCAAUUCCUAUGGUUUUUUUUGGCAGUUUGCUCUGCACAAUGGCAGUUGAUAUUAUUUUGGGUGUUCUCAUCGUGUCAUGGCUCUUUUCAAAUGGUUACAACAUGUGCGCCACAGAUUUUAUGAUGGAAAAGACUGACACUGUUGUAGAGUUGCUCAAUGCACUACUGGAUUGGUUGAAGGGAGCUCCUGCUGGGCUUAAACUGAACAAACAUUUGACAGAGUAUCUAAGCACAUUCUUCCUUUAUCACGUGUAUCUUUGGCAAAUUUACCUGAAUUGUAUCGUGCCUUAUCUACAGAUCAUCAUCAGUCUUAUCAUCAUGUCUGGUUGUUUUGGAGCGACAUUCUUGUUGUCUUUGGCGUCAGAUGUUUUGUCCCUUGUAACACUACAUAUCUACUGCUUUUAUGUUUAUGCCGCAAGAAUUUACAAUCUCCAGCUUCAGAAGUUGGUGACACUAGCCAAACUUUUCACAGGAAGAAAAUGGAAUGUUGAGAAGAACCAAGUGGACAUUGUGCCAUAUAAAGCCGACAGACUCUUCCUGGGAACGUUGUGCUUCACAAUCCUCCUUUUUCUUUUGCCGACAACUGCUGCAUACUAUGUUGUGUUUACAGCCCUGCGGCUCAUUGUACUAUUUGUGAAAGGCAUUGUUGGGCGAGUGAUCAAUAUGAUGCACAAUCUCCCAGUGUUUCCAUUGAUGAUUGCUUUUGUGAGGUCAGACCUAAUACCAGGGGGAGUGAAGUUCGAAUUUCUUGGCUCAUCAGAUACUUUGACAACAGAUCUCAACAAACUGCAGCCUUUUGUCGAAGGUACAACAGGUCCUUUGUCAGCUGUAUAUCUGUUUCUUCAUAAUCAACCAGUCCCUAUCAUGGACCUGUUGCAAUGCCAGUUGAUGGACCAGUACUCUGAUCAUGGAGGCUAUAGCUGGCCCAUGCUGCUUGGGAGAUUAGCCAAAGGGGAAUUGAUCUAUCCCUGGGUAAAGUCAAGAAAUUUAAGGGACCAACUUAGGAAGCAGUUUAGUGCAGCUCAACACUGGCUCUACCAGUGAGAAUACAAGUUUAGCGAGAGAAGCAGGGAUCGCAAUGUGGUCUUCACAGCUGUUGGUUGGCAAAAUGCCACUGACCAGAACUCAGGAACAUGUGUGGUCACAAACUUUGCAGCUUGGCUUCCAGCCACUGUUUUGCCAUUGUUUAGACUGUUAGAGCCACUAGCUAUGCAGAUAAGCACAGAUUACACUACUGUACUCUUGAGAAAAAAAGUUUAAGGGAGUUGAGUUACAUAAUUAUCAGGUAUUGUUCUACUUGUCUUUUAGAACAAUUUCACGUGCUCACUAAAUGCUCAAACAAAUUUGAUUGCCUAAUUAAGAUGCUUUUUAUAUGAAAACUUAAGCCAUCUCUAAAUGUGCAAACGGACUCGAUUCACGCAAAGGUAUUCACUUGAAGAGUUUAUGAGCCUUUGUUAUUAUCCUAAUUUGUGGAGACUGUAAAAGUAUAGAAAUCAAAUCUUCGCAUUAAUUUAGUAACUUUGCCUUGAGAAUGGUGUCACAAUGACGCUGAAACGUUGGCUAUAACUUUAAUAUUCGCUCAUUUAGUGUUCAACUAACAAUGAUAUAUUAAUACUUGAAUUAGUACUGCAGGGAAAAGAUGUGGCGAAAACCACUUAAAAUGUAAAUUCACUCAAUAAUUCUCUUUGUUUGCAUGAUCAACAUGUCAACUCACUUUACAACACUGAAAUGUAAUCAAAAUUGAUGCCCCUUAAUUGAAAGAAAUUUUGUUUUCAUUGGAAUGUGUCAAUGGCAGCAAACACACAAUUUACACAAAAUCACCACUGACAACUUUUUUUUAUUAUUAAACCAAACCUAUGACUUCUACAGUUUGUAUUAAAAUCCUACAUACUUUUUAGUGUGAUAAAUAUUAUGCUUUGCAAUUUUUAAUGCUAACAAAACUUAUAAAAACUUCCUAAAAUUUACAAGCAUUCAUGAAGAGGCCCUGCCUGAGUAAAAAGCUACAAGCAAAGAAAGAUGCAGGUCUUGCAUUCUCACAGUCUCGCAUUUACCACUCACUGCCCUUA